AUGUCAACUUGCAAAAACACCCUCGCCCAUAGCGCAUGUGCAUCUAACCAAUUUAGAUCGAGGGGAAACAAUGAGUGUGAAGUUUGUGACCAGGAGGUCGAAGAGGUACCUGUAACUUUGCUAAGGGUGCCUGUUCCUGAUAGGGAUAAUGAGCCAAAGGAAAUCUGGACAGCAAAAUUGAAAAGGUAA